CAUGUAUAUUCAUUACCCAGUAAACUAAUUGAUAGAGCACACAUACUUUAGUGACAAAUUGACAAUUCACAAAGUAUGGCUAGUUCUUCAAGGCAAUCGCAUAAUAAAAUAUGCUGUUAUUCACAUCCAGAUGCUCCACUCAUAGAAGAUUACAGAGCAGGUGAUCAAAUAUGUUCAGAAUGUGGUCUAGUUGUUGGCGAAAGAGUAAUUGAUGUUGGUUCAGAAUGGAGAACAUUCAACAACGAAAAAUCUGGAGUCGAUCCCUCUCGUGUUGGUGGUCCCGAGAAUCCUUUACUUAGUGGCUCUAAUUUGUCAACCAUAAUUGGUCCAGCAACUGGUGCUGCUUCGUAUGAUUCCUUCGGUGCACCAAAAUAUCAAAAUAGGCGCACAAUGAGCAGUUCAGACAGAGCUUUAACGAAUGCAUUUCGAGAAAUUAAUGAUAUGGCUGAUCGUAUUAAUAUGUCACGAACAAUUAUUGAUCGUGCGAAUCUUUUAUUUAAACAAGUACAUGAUGGAAAGAACCUUAAAGGUCGUUCUAAUGAUGCCAUUGCAUCAGCUUGUCUAUAUAUUGCUUGUCGUCAAGAAGGAGUUCCACGAACAUUCAAAGAAAUUUGUGCUGUCAGUAAAAUUAGCAAAAAAGAAAUAGGCAGGUGUUUUAAAUUAAUUCUCAAAGCUCUAGAAACGAGUGUGGAGCUUAUCACAACUGGCGAUUUUAUGUCGAGAUUUUGUUCUAAUUUGGGUCUACCCAAUAUGGUACAAAGAGCUGCUACUCAUAUUGCAAGAAAGGCUGUAGAAAUAGAUAUUGUACCUGGAAGAUCGCCAAUUUCUGUUACUGCUGCUGCAAUUUAUAUGGCGUCGCAAGCUUCAGAUGAUAAAAAAUCACAAAAAGAAAUUGGUGAUAUUGCUGGAGUUGCUGAUGUGACAAUCAGGCAAUCGUACAAACUUAUGUACCCACACGCAGCUAAACUUUUCCCAGAAGAUUUCGAAUUUUCAACGUCUAUUGAAGAUCUACCUCAGAUGUAAAAAUUUUUUAAAAACAUGUUGCAAUUCAAUCCCGAUGUUGAACUAAAUUUCAAGAGAUCUGAGAUCUUCCUUUCAAUCGGGAAUAAUUUUAUCAGACUGAUGAUGGAUUAUAAAUAAUCAGAAAAUUCUGAAGAUAAAAUUUAAAUUCUUAAUGAUAUUUUCAUAAUGAAUUGAUGAGUAAAAAAUUAGCUCAUUAUAUUAAGUUAAAAUUUUUAUAGUAGAACAAAUUACGAAUUAACUUCUUCCAUUUAUUUUCUUUUUUUCUUUAGAAAUCGAUAUUUUUAUCAAGAUAAACAUUACUUUAUAAUCAUAUUCGUCAAAUAGCACUUACUUUAUUUAACUGUUUACUGAUUGAUUACCAUGAUGUGGUUUUUUUUUAUUAAUUCAUGGUAGAGGGUUUCCCAAUAAGUUGUCGAAUUAUUUUAUUAUGUAUUUUUCCGAAUGAUCGGAAAUAUCGCAAAUUUUACAUGAAAACUUUUCAAUUAUUUCUCAAUCUCAGCUGUAUUAAUAACACACAUUAAUUUAGCAAUAAAAUGUAAUAUUGUUAUUUAAUUCAUUGUAAAAUAAGAUUUCAUUUUUAAGAACA